UCUAACCUGUGUGGAGUAAAGAAAAUAGGAAAAAGAAAAGGAGAUCUUUUUUCUUUUUUUCUUCUGGGCUGCUCGCCCAAUUCUUUCUCAACUCAUUGGUGGUGCUGCUGUGGAAAUGAGAGGGCAAAGUUAUGCAACACAAUAAAACAGCAUUAGCUUCUUCAAUUUGGCUCUUUUUGUACACUAUUUGCUCUUCUUUAUUUUUUCCUCUUGCUGUUAUGAUUACAUUUAUUUCAAAUUAGAGCUAUGAAAUCGAAGUUCCCAAAUCUAACUGUAUAGUAUCACAGGCCAUGAUUCUCUCUAAGAUAUCUCCAAAUAUUGUUUCUCUAUUGAAGACUGGUUUCACUCCCACCACACAACACUUCAACCAAUUCCUCCUCUUCCUUUCUCAAUCCAAAAGAUUCAAACUUAUCACACACUUAGUCAAAUCACACCAAUUCAAGAAAGACUCCCAAACACACAGAAUUUACAUACAAGCCCUUGUAAAAGAGCAUAAAUGCGAAAAGGCCCUUUCUGUAUUACAGCAGGAUUGUGAUGGCAAAGUUUUGCUUUCUUCUUUCACUUUUUCUUCGUUGAUUUACUCUUUAUGUAGUCAGGGAAGGAUGGAUUUGGCAAUUGAAGUGUUAGAAUUGAUGACUAAUGAGAAAAAUAAAUACCCUUUUGAUAAUUUUGUGUGUAGUUGUGUGAUUUCUGGUUUCUUGAGUGUUGGAAAAGCUGAGCUUGCUGUUGAGUUCUUCGAAAAUGCUGUGAAUUUAGGUUAUUUGAAGCCUAAUGUUGUUACUUAUACAGCAUUAGUAAGUGCUUAUUAUAGAUUGGGAAGAAUUGAUGAGGUUCAAGAUUUGGUUGCUAGGAUGAAGAUAUAUGGAUUAGAAUUAGAUGUUGUGUUUUACAGUAAUUGGAUAUAUGGGUAUUUUAGGGAAGGAGCGAUUGAAGAGGCGCUCCGUAGAUACAGUGAGAUGGCACAACAAAGCAACAACGUCGCCAGUGGAAUCCCACAAGUGGGGUUUGGGGAGGGUAGGAUGUACAAUGAGAUGGUGUGUAGGAGAUUUGAGUUGGAUACGAUAGGCUAUACGAUACUUAUUGAUGGGUUCUCGAAGGAGGGUCAUGUGGAGAAAGCGGUUGGGUUUUUAUACGAGAUGAAAAAGCGCGGUGUGCAACCUAAUUUGGUUACUCUUACGGCGGUGAUAUUAGGAUUUUGCAAGAAAGGAAAAAUGUGUGAGUCGUUUGCGGUGUUUAAGAUGGUUGAAGAAUUGGGGAUCGAAGCGGAUGAGUUUAUCUAUGCAGUGUUAAUUGAUGGCGUGUGCAGGAAGGGUGACAUAGUACGUGCAUUCGAACUGCUCAGUGAAAUGGAGAAGAAAGGAAUAAAACCUAGUGUUGUCACGUACAAUACAAUUAUCAAUGGAUUGUGUAAAGCUGGGAGAAUGAUUGAGGCUGAUGAUGUGUCUAAGGGGAUCUCCGGAGAUAUUAUCACAUAUAGUACGUUGUUACAUGGUUAUAUUCAAGAAGAAAAUGUCAUCGGAAUGGUAGAAAUAAAAAAUAGAGUUGAAGCAGCUGAUGUUUCCCUUGAUGUUACUAUGUGCAACUUUCUUAUAAAAGGCCUAUUUAUGAUGGGGUUGUUUGAGGAUGCUCUUGCCAUAUAUAAGAAAAUAUCGGAUAUGGGCCUGACUUCCAAUUUUCUUACUUACUGUACCAUGAUUGAAGGUUACUCAAAAGUAGGAAUGAUAGAUGAGGCACUUGAAAUAUUUGAUGAAUUUCGGAAGGCAUCUAUAACUUCAGUUGCGUGUUACAAUUGCACCAUUCAAGGGCUGUGUAGGAAUGGCAUGCCAGACAUGGCAGUUGAAGUAUUUGUUGAACUAAUAGAUCGAGGUUUACCUUUAAGUACAAGGAUCUAUAUGUCAUUGAUCAAAAAGAUCUUUGGAGUUAAGGGUGCUCUUGGAGUUUUAGAUUUAUUUCAGAGAUUGGGAAGAAAUGAGCAUGAAAACUUUGAUUCAAUGUGUAGCGAUGCUGUUUCUCUCCUUUGCAACAAAGGAUUAUCAGAGGCUGCAUUCGAUCUAUUAAUGGUGAUUCAAAGUAAUGGUUUUGUUCUAAGCAAGAACUCCUACUACCUUUUAAUGAGAUCCCUUCUCUAUGGUGGCAAAACAUUUUUGACUGGCCUCCUUUUGACAACAUUCAUAAAAAAGUAUGAGAUGUUUGAGCUUAGAGCAGCCAAGAUACUUGUUUACUUUCUUUGCAUUAAAAAUGUCGAAACUGCGGUUCGGUUUCUUGCUACUGUGAAAGGUGGCAUAUCUGAAGCAACUUUUCCUGCUGAAGUUUUGAGGACACUGACAAAAGGCGGCCGAUAUCUGGAUGCUUUUAACCUUGUUGUGGGAGCAGGAGAUAAGCUACCUCUCAUGGAUGUGGUUGACUACUCAAUUAUUAUUGACGGCCUUUGCAAAGGAGGACAUAUUGACAAGGCAUUAAACCUCUGUAAUUUUGCCAAGAAUAAGGGAAUUUCUUUCAAUAUUGUAACCUAUAACUCAGUUAUCAAUGGGUUGUGUCGUCAAGGGUGUGUGGUUGAAGCUUUUCGGUUAUUUGAUUCAUUAGAAAAAAUUGAUGUAGCUCCUUCAGAAAUCACAUGCGGAAUACUCAUUGACACUUUAUCAAAAGAAGGUCUUUUAGAAGAUGCGAGGAGGUUGUUUGCAGAGAUGUCCCUAAAGAAUCUUAGACCGAAUACUCGCAUAUACAAUUCAUUAAUUGAUGGAUACAGCAAGUUAGGUCAAGUCCAGGAAACUAUGAAGCUUCUCCUUGAUUUACAAGCUGAAGGCCUAACACCAGAUGAAUUCACUGUCAGUGCAGUACUUAACAGCUAUUGUCAGAAGGGUGACAUGGAGGGGGCUCUUGGGUUCUUUUCUGAGUUCAAAUUGAGACCUGAUUUCUUGGGUUUCAUGUACCUGGUGAGAGGCUUAUGUGAUAAAGGAAGGAUGGAAGAAUCUCGAUGCAUUUUGAGGGAGAUGUUUCAGUCAAAAUCUGUCAUUGAUCUUCUUGGCAGAGUUGAAAGUGAGACUGGAACAGAGUCUAUUAUAAGUUUUCUUUCUCAGUUGUGUGAGCGAGGAAGCAUCCAAGAGGCAGUUAAUAUUCUCAAUGAAGUGGCGUCCAUGUUUUUCCCUGUUAGAAGAGGUUGGAAUUUAUUAGAGGAGCCUAAUUAUGAUGGGAGAGAGGAGAGAGUUGAUUCUAAAGACUUAUUAUGCAAAUACAAAAUAGAUAUCGACGAGGCUUGGACUCCGGAUAAGGCAUCAAACAAUCGUAGUAACCGAGACAAUCAAAUAACCCAGUUGCUCGACUUCAGUUAUUAUUAUUCCCGUAUUGCUUUAUUGUGUUCAAAAGGGGAAUAUGAUAAGGCUAAUGAAGUGGCAAAAGUUAUUACUGGUUUCACAUAGAGCGUAUUCAUCUUCAGACAAGAUUGACUAGUUUCUCUGAAUAUGGUUUGAGCUCUUCUAGUGUUUCUUGCUGGAACAAAGAACCAUACAACCAUACAGGAGCUAUCUUGGGUGGAAAAAGAACUGGAAGAUUUACACCAAGAAGAGAAAAUCUUAGCGACUAAAGCUAGGUAUUAGGAAACAUUGCACCAUGGACUUAGUAGUAUUCUUUCUAAAGCAGAAGCACAGGGGAAUUUGGACCUUCUUGCAAAGGUCAUUCAAGACUUUGUGGCAUUUUAUCUGCCCUUUGGCAGACUAUACAUAAAGCCUUAGGCGAUGUUUCACUGACACUCGUGUUAUUUCGGUAAUUUUACACACGUCACUUUUGCAGACUAUACAUAAAUAUUUUCACACAUCACUUUACUGAUUAUAAUUUCUUUCCCUCCUGCUUCGAUCAUUCAAAAGGUGAGUAGGGAUAAGUAUUUAUCUGUUGUGGUAAGCUUAUUUCAUUGUUGUUAGUUGUAUCUUUUGUUAGAUUAUUUUAAACUGUGUAAUAGUGUUUGAUAACAUUGAUAAAACAAACACCACUGUCUUUGACAUCAUCUUACAGAUUUUCGGGAGCGCGAGUUAUAUGUGGAUUCCUUCGGAAGACGCAUUGCUCUAUCGGAUGUACUGGAUAUCUUGACAUUGAGGACUGGAAGUGGAAGUUGUUAUGAUUGCACGUCUCUAGGUGAAGCUUGGGAAUCUUUGAAGCAUUUUUUAGGAGUGCUCAGCAGAUGCAAAAGACAGACCAUGAUUGCAAUUUCUAUGAAUAUUUGACUGAGGUAACGUUUGCAGCUAUUAGAAGUUUUCUAGAGAAGCUAGUACUGGGAUUUGUCAAAAUGGAUGGUGAGUCUGAUGCUUUAGGGCACAAACAAGUUAUCCUUGAGAACUCAGAAAAUCAGCAACAUCAACUGUCAGGUUGAUGUCCUUAAGAAUCGCGAGGGUGUUCGACCAGAUUGAAAAGAGAUCAAGUUAAGCAAAUAUACUUGUUAAAUAUAGAUUACUUUUACCUAGCGAAAUUGUUGGAUUCCGAGGAUGAAGCCAGUUUAGUUUUUGUUCUGAUUCAUGUAACAAGAAUUGCUAGAUACCAGUUACAUGGUAAAGCUAAAAGUCAAUGACAAUAGUGGGAGAGAGCUGGUAUGCAUUUCUUGGCAUUAAUGGGAUUGUGAAUAUAAUGUUCAUGAUAAUUUGAUUUAUGGUUGAUAAAAGGAA